CAGAUCCUGACGUCCAGACCUGAAGAACUGACCUCAGAAAACGUAACAGCAGCAGCUAACAUCGCCAACACACUGCUGCUGUCUCCUAACGCCACAGAGAGUGUCCGAGUGGCGGCUGUAGCAACAGUCAGUCAGCUGUUGAACACCAGUGUUCUCGCUGAGGACAACACAACUCUGAGCCUGACAGUGACUCUGGAUCAGCUGUCGGUGAACCUCAGCCUCAGUCAGGACACGUCUCAGUCUCAAGUGGUCCAGCCGAACCUGGUGGUCCAGUCGGCCCAGAUCCCUGCAGCCGACACCCAGGGAGUCCAGUUCACGUCCUUCACAGGGACGUCCGGCAGUUUUGUGGCCAACAGGAUUCAGCUGAACACCAACACGUCGGACGUUGUGAUAGAAGAUGGCUUCAUCGCUGACGCACUGAUUUAUGUUCGAUUCCCAGAAGCAGCUGUCAACAGACGUCAGAGUCCAUCCAACGUCUCUCUGGGUUUCAUCCUCUACCAGAACGACCGUUUCUUCCAGUCGAGGCUCUACGUGCAGCGCCGGGCCUCCAUCAGGGUCCUGUCAGGCAGCGUCCACGGUCAGGACGGCAACAUGACGCCGCAACACGUGGAGAUGAUGUUCAGACCAACACUGCCAAGUGGCUCGACUCUGCACGACUUCUCCUGUGUCUUCUGGAGCUUCAGCUUGCAGGACUGGAGCACCACCGGCUGCUCCAAAGGCAACGCUGCAGACGGAGUCCUGAGAUGUUUCUGCAACCACACCACCAACUUUGCCGCUCUCUUCUCCUUCAGAGAGAAUUAUGACUAUGCAGAAGCUCUGGACAUCAUCUCUAUCAUUGGACUGUCUGUCUCCAUUCUGGGUCUGGUUGUAACCAUCAUUUUCUACAUCAGGGAAAAGUUUCGGAGGAAAUCCGGUGAACAGAACCUCCUGAACUCGGAGUUAGCUGUGCUAUGUGUCUGCUGCAGCCUGCUGGCCUUCAUCAUCACCUUCCUCAGCGGUGUGCACAACUCCAGCAGGCCGAGCGACGGCAAGCUGGGGGUCAACGACCAGACCAACGAGGUUCUGCCGUCUGACGAACACGUGGAACCAGACCGUGGCCCAUGCACGGCGGUCACAGCGCUACUGCACUUCUUCCUGUUGGCCACCUUCACAUGGAACAGCUUGUACGGGACUCAGCUGGGGCUGCUGAUCUGGUCGAUGCGUCGCAGUUUACCUCCAUACUGGACGGCACUGAGCAUGACCGUGGGAUGGGGAAUCCCAGCGGUCGUCAUGGCGAUCACACUGGUAGUUACCUACAGAGUGGAUGAUCCUCUGGGCUACCGACAGGAGGAAUUCUGCUGGCUUGCAGCUCUGGAUACAAACAAACACUUCAGCUUUAGGAAGCCAAUGUUCUUGGGUUUCAUCCUUCCAGUUGGUCUGAUCCUCAUCUACAACAUCAUCCUGUUGAUUCUCACCUCCGUGAUCACCUGCAAGGUCGACCCCAACCUGACCAGCACCAACCAGCUGUCUCUGACCAGGAAGGUUCUGGUCAGCUUCUCUCUGGCUGUGAUGUUGGGUUUGUCCUGGACUCUGGGUUACCUGGUUCUGGUCACCACCGGACAAGCUCAUCUUGUCUUCAGCAUCAUUUUCUGCAUCCUUACCACCACACAGGGGUUUCAGAUCUUCAUCCUCUUCACAGCGAGGACACCGGCCUUCAGGGCUACCUUUCAACGUUCCAUACACUACGUUUCCUCCAUCAGCCUCCCAUUGAAGACCAAGACCUACUUCCUGUGGAAGGACGAAGGGAACUCAAGUACAACCGAGACCUACAGGGAGAGGAAGGAGAGUGAAUCUCUGUAAACUUUGUCAAAACUGGUCUUUCAUUGGUCCAAACCAGUCCUUAAAUAGUCCAAACUGGUCUUGCAAUGAUCUCAACUGGUCUUUAAAUGGUCUAAACUGGUCUGUUAUUGAUCCAAACUGGGUUUUUUUAUGGGUGAAAAUGGUCUUUUCUUGGUCCAAACUGGUCUAAACUGGAUAUUAAUGGACUAAAAUGGUUAAUAAUGGUCUAAACUCAUUUUUCAUUGGUCCAAACUGGUCUUUAAAUAGUUCAAACCAUUCUUUAAAUGGCCUAAAGAGAUAUUUGACAGGGCUAAUGAGUUAAUUAAUCCUGACAGUGGAGAAUUUAAUGAUCUAAAUUUGCUUUGAUAGGCUAAAAUGGUUAAUAAUGGUCCAAACCAGUCUUUUAUUGGUUCAAGCUGUUCUCUUAUUGGUCCAAACUGGUCUUUAAAUUGUUAUUACAAUGUUAGGCUUUAUUGGUCUACACUGGUUAUUGCUGGUCUAAAUGGGUCUAGUACUGGUGUUAAUGGUCUAAACCAGUUGUGAACAGGUAGACCUUCAGGUGGCGACAGUGAGUUUGGUUUUCCACCAUUAAUUCUUAAAUAAAAAGAUGAAACUUGCAGCUCUGCUCAUCACAAACCCAAACUGAGCAUAUUUGAUAUAAAAUAGGGUAAAGAUCAUUUUUAUGAUCAGUUCUGUGUCUUUCAGCAUGAGGUUUGAUGUUUCCUGUUUAAAUGUUUUUAUUUUGUAUAUUUGAUGGUUAAAAUCUGCAGAUUAUUUCUGUUGAAGUCUUUUUUAAACUGUGAUUGUUGUCAAUAUAAAAUUCAUCAUUUAUAGGAACAAACAUGUUUAUGUUCAGAAGAACUGUGAGUGGUCUGAAAUGUGAAGAAAACAGUUAUUGUACAGACUGAGUCAUUCAGAUGAGAUGAUGUUAAUGACUGAUAGAUGUCGGUUACAGAAGUCUGACUCAUCACUGUUUAGCUGUACUGCUGACGAUGUUUCAGUGGCUGUCUGGACCUUGGAUGAAGGUAUCAUUCAAAACUAGGACACUGUUAGAAAUCUGGGCGUGACCUUGGCUCGGGCUCUUCCAUUUGGCUCCCACAUACGAGAAGUGACAAAAGCAGCUUUCUCCCACCUUAGGAGGAUUGCUAAGAUUCAGUCUUUGUUGUCUUAUGGAUGCUGAAGUUCUUAUCCAUUCAUUUGUGUUUCAGACUGGAUUAGUGUAAUGCUCUCCUGUGUGGCUUGCCUAAGAGGAGCUUUCAAAGCCUUCAGACGGUGCAGAAUGCAGCAGUCCACAUUCUGACGGGAACAAAGAAACAUGAGCACAUUUCACUAGUAUUAGUCUCACUGCAUUGGCUCCCAGUUCAUGUCAGAGCUGAUUUUAAGAUAUUACUUUUAACUUAUAAAGCGGUAAAUGGCAUUGGGCCGUCAUGCUUAAAGGAGCUGGUUUCUCCAUAUGAAGCAGCAAGUCUUUGUGCUCCCAGGGGACGGGUCUGCUGGGUUAGAAAGAAGACGGUCGGUGUGCGGGCUUUUUGUUCACGUGCACCGUCUUUAUGGAACGCCCUUCCCUCUGACAUUUGGGAAGCUUGCUCAGUAGAAGCAUUCAAAGCUCAGCUAAAGACUCACUUGUUCUCUGCUCUGUAUGAAUCCUGUGAGGUUCUCGAUAGUCAGCCAUUGUUUUUAUUUCUAAGCUACCGUUUUAUUUCUUAGCCAUUGUUUUUAUCCAUUAUCAUUUUAUUGUAUUUUAUUUGUUGCUUGCACUGUAAAGGACUUUGAUUUGAAAGUGCUAUAUAAACAAAGUUUUUAUUAUUAAUGGCAGAAAGUGACAAUUACUGUUAAAAAAUGGAACAUUCAAUCUCCUUUCAGUUUCUUUAACAAUCUUGACUGUUGCUGGUCAGUAGUGAUGUCGAGAUGAAGCUUCAUGAAGCACUGAGGCUUUCCAUCCAGUUGGUUCACUCAUGGGUCAAAGCUUCAUGGUGCUUCUUUUGCUCUACUGCGCCAUCAAGUGGACAAAUACAGUACAACAGGCAGAGUGCCUAUAAUGACACACUGGCUUUGCUAUGUGAAGCUUUGAAUUGUGUUUAAAUGAUAAUGCCAAUAAACAUAUAAUAUACUUAA